AUGGCUGAUAACGCUACACAACUCGAAAAUCGGACCGUGAGCACAGAUGAGCUCGCCGUGUACGAUCGGCAGAUUCGACUUUGGGGAAUGGAGGCGCAGAACAAGUGAGCUUUCAUGGAUCUUUCAGAUUUUAUCAAUAUUCACUUUUUCAGACUCAGAAACGCGAAAGUUUUGCUGAUCGGAGGCACGCAGCUCGGAGCAGAAGUCGCUAAAACUAUGUCUUUGGCGGGAGUGGACGAGAUGCAUCUGGUGGACCACCGGCUCGUCGAUCCUUCCGAUAUCGGGUGCAACUUCCUAUACAACGCACUCAUCGACAACUCGAAGAAGACAAAAUGGGCGGCCGGCUACGAGUUCCUCUACAAUCUGAAUCGCAACGUGAAACUCGUUAUCAAUGAAGAAGAUCUUCUAGCGAAGCCGGCCGAGGACAUCGAAGGAUACGUUCAGAAGUUCACCAUUGUAAUCGUGCUCGACGAGAGCUACGAGCGGACGGUCAAGUUAAACGAGAUCUGCCACAAACAUCACAUUCGCUUCGUCGCUGGCUCGAUUUUCGGAUGGAUCGGAUACGCGUUCUUUGACUUUGACGGUCACACAUUCUUGACGUGCGUUUCUGAUCGUUGUUCCUUUCUAUUAUGUGUCUAUCUUCAGGAAAAUCGUCGAUGAAGAAAGCAUAGCCGCCACAGCCGUUACUCUCGACGACGCGGUCGAAAAUAAAACAGUUGUGGACGUAGAGAAGGAGGACCUAUUCGAGCAGAGACCCUACUCGUACCCAACAUUUGUCGCCGCAUUCAAUUCGAACUUUUCGGCAAAGAAAGUCUUGAGAAAAUGCAAACGUCUCGUUCCGCCGUCCUAUUUCCUGGUCAAAAGCCUGCUCCGCGCAUCGAAAGAAAAUGUGUUUACUGGAGAAUUGUCAAAGGAUAUCGAAGCACUGACGAGUAUCUGGAAGGAGGAAGUGGCGAUUGGAAACCACACGGUCGAAAUGCAAACGGUGCAGCCAGAGAAGUUCGAUCAGUGAGUCCUUCUGUUUGCUUUCUUUUCUAUAACAUUACUUUUCAGUUUGUUCUCUCCGGAUUUCGCCCCAACGGCCGCCUGCAUCGGUGGAAUGAUCGGCCAAGAAGCGAUCAAGACUAUCUCGGAGGCAAAACUGCCGAUCCGCAACAUCUUCCUCUACUCGGCCCUCGACUCGACCGGUAUCGCGUGCGACUUCCCUCUCGCCUAA